AUGAUUGUAUUAAUGUAUGUAUCUGUUUUAAUAUUAAUGACAAGAGCUGAACAAAAUUUCUCAUUAAAAUUAUUAAAUUCUUGUUCAUCAAAUUUAUCUUGUAUUCAUGGAAUAUGUUAUACAGAUCAAAAUAUAUCAUCAUGUUUAUGUGAACGUGGUUGGACAUUAUCUCAAUCUCAACCUCAAAUUUGUAUUUAUCAACAAAAAUCAAAAUUAGCUGCAUUUCUUCUAUCAUUUUUUGUUGGUGGAUUUGGUGCUGAUUGGUUUUAUUUAAGUGUUGGAAAUGGUGGUUAUAUUGCAGCUGGAGUUUUUAAAAUGUUAACUUUAGGUGGAAUUGGAAUUUGGUGGCUUGUUGAUUGGAUGAGAAUAUUAACAAAUUCAUUUCUUGAUGGACAAGGUGUUGCUCUACUUGAAUGGUCUCCAUGA